GUAUUGCCUCGACUGGACGGUUGUACGCAUGUGCAGAGGGACUCAUAAGCUUCCGUUUGAACUUUGCCGAUAAGUGAUGGCAGAGCUGCACAAACGUCGACAUGAGUUCGGCGACAGAAACCUGUCACCUGAGGGAGCAUCGUCCAGAACCAAAAGCGACACAUCUGGUGACAGCCCCGCAGUGUUUCUGAAGCUGCUGGCUGCGGGCUUUUACGGAGUUAGUUCGUUUCUCAUCGUUGUUGUCAACAAAAGCGUCCUCACCAGCUACAGAUUUCCAUCGUCAACAUGUGUUGGAAUCGGCCAAAUGUUGGCUACAAUUGUAGUUCUAGGGAUUGGGAAGAUGUUGGGCAUAAUCUCAUUUCCAGGUUUGGAUCUGAGUAUACCACGCAAGAUGUUCCCGCUGCCUCUGCUGUAUGUUGGGAAUCAAAUAUCAGGACUGUUUGGGACGCAACGACUCAAUUUACCUAUGUUUACAGUUCUGAGGAGGUUCAGUAUUUUUCUCACCAUGGUGUUUGAAGGAGUUUUGUUGAAAAAGACUUUCUCUGCCUCAGUUAAAAUGACAGUGUUUACCAUGAUCUUUGGUGCUUUCAUUGCUGCCAGCGCUGAUUUAGCUUUUGACCUUGAAGGAUACAUAUUCAUAAUGAUGAACAAUGCUCUGACAGCGGCCAGUGGGGCGUAUGUGAAGCAGAAACUUGAUUCCAAGGAGCUGGGCAAAUAUGGGCUUUUAUACUACAAUGCUCUGAUCAUGAUUUUCCCCACUGUGGCCUAUGCUUACUACUCAGGGGACUUGCAAGCGGGGUUGGAUUAUGAUGGAUGGUCUGAUCAGCUGUUUGUUGUUCAGUUUGUGCUCUCCUGUGUCAUGGGCUUUAUUUUAAUGUACUCCAUCAUGUUGUGCACACAGUACAACUCAGCACUCACCACCUCCAUCAUAGGCUGUAUUAAGAAUAUUGUUGUGACCUACAUUGGGAUGGUGUUUGGUGGAGAUUACAUAUUCACCUGGACUAACUUUAUAGGUCUAAACAUCAGUAUCGCUGGCAGCCUGGUGUACUCCUACAUCACCUUCACACAGGAACAAACAAAAAAGGCGUAAACCGCAGUUUCAACCCAACACUGAAGAACAAAGAAAACGUCCAGAACACAUUUUACUAUCUGCGUACUGUUUGUAGAUAUAUAUCAUUUUAAAUUCAUGCUGUUAAAAUGUUUUACAAACAUUUUUUAUGUAUUUUUAUUUCUGUUGCAAUCAUAGAAAGUUGUUAUCUGCUCUUAUAUCUGUAAAGACGAAGAAGAAGUGCCUUAACUUUUUAAAAAUAAUUAUAUUUCACUGAUUAAAAACAAUGGUAUGAGAAUUUAUGAGAAAUCAAUAAACUGAAAGGAUAGAG